AUGGUGCCUGAGGGCUCCACUUUUCUUGAUCAGGUCAAGAAAGCCGUCGAUAACGGUGCCACCAUAGUGCAGCUUAGGGAAAAGAAGAUCCUGACAGUUGACUUUGUCGAGAGAGCCAAGCAGGUUUUGGAAAUCACCAGACCAAAAAACAUUCCUUUGAUUAUCAAUGAUCGAAUUGACGUGGCCUUGGCCGUUGACGCUGACGGUGUCCAUGUGGGUCAAGACGAUAUGCCAGCUACGUUAGCGAGGAAACUUAUCGGACCAGAUAAGAUCUUGGGUGUAUCUUGUGGUAACGCUGAAGAAACAACCCAGGUCUGCGACGAAGGUGUGGUUGACUACGUUGGAUUGGGAACCUUGUACCCUACAAACACCAAGGAUGUGAAGAAUGUCUGUGGACCAAUUGGUAUCCGCAAGUCGUUGAAGGUUCUUCGAGACCACUCCAACAAGAAAGUGAAGUGUGUUGCCAUUGGCGGCAUCAAUUCGACAAAUGCUAGGAAAGUCAUGUUUCAAUGCGCUAUUCCAGGUCGCCGAAUUGACGGUGUUGCUGUGGUUUCUUGUAUCAUGGCUGCUCCAGAUGCUGCUGCUGCGACAAAGCACCUCCACAAUGAACUCCAGUCACCUGUUCCUUGGUUGGAUAAUGUCGCUACAUCCUAUGUAAAGACCGAGGCACAAAGUGCUUGGAAACAGUUCAGCCAGACCAAACCUUUGGUGCACCACAUCACCAAUAACGUUGUCAAGAACUACAGCGCCAACGUUACUUUGGCCAUUGGCGCAUCCCCCAUCAUGUCCGAGCUUGGUGAAGAAUUCCAUGAGUUUACAAACUCGCCAGCUUCAGUGGGUCUCGUGGUGAAUCUCGGUACCCCGAACGCUCAGCUCAUGGAAGUGUUUCUUGAGGGUAUUCGCCAGUACAACAAAUACGGCAAGCCGGUACUCUUUGAUCCUGUUGCGGCCGGCGCUACAGCAGCCCGCUUAGAAGCCUCUCGUGUUCUUCUCAAUGCUGGACAUUUUACUGUCAUCAAGGGAAAUGUCGGUGAGAUUGGAGCCAUGGCUAAAUUGACCAGCUCAUACAGCACAACUUCGACUGAGAAGACCAUGCAAGGUGUUGACUCCAUUGCCAACAUGGAGGAGGCUGACAUUGUUGAUCUUGGUAAGCAUGUGGCCAGAGAAUUCCAGACAGUGGUGGUGAUAACGGGCGCUGUGGACUACAUUGUAGACGGUACUUUCUCGAUGCUGAGGGAAGAUGUACCUUGGGAAAAGGUCGAAGGUGGACACGAGCUUAUGGGUUCAAUCACAGGUACCGGUUGCUCUCUAGGAAGUGUUAUUUGUGCAUUCAUCGCUGCUGGUGCUGAUGGACAGAAUGGAGAGAAAUACAGCCCAUUCUCUGCAGUGGUGAGUGCUGUAAAACUUUACAAGAAGUGUGGCUUGGAGGCUGGUGAAAACGUAGAAGGACCAGGCAGCUUCCUGUCCAGUUUCUUGAACCGGUUGUACCAGACAAUGAAGUUCUGA